UGGGCUUUAAAAACUUUAAGCUCCUCGGCGCAGAAAGGAAUCGGUCCUCUGCUUCUCCUCCAUCAACAGAAAAAAAUCACACUGAAAGUGGGAACAAUGCUGCAUUUAGUUGUUAUGACGUUCUGCAUGAGUGAAGUGCUGUCGGCCCCGAGUCGAGACCCACAGCUGGAUCAGCACUGGGAGCUGUGGAUGAACCGGUACAACAAAACCUACCACCAGACAGAGGAGGGCUGGAGGCGGAUGGUGUGGGAGAAGAACCUGAAGAAGAUCGAGCUGCACAACCUGGAGCAGUCCAUGGGGAAACAUUCCUACCGGCAGGGCAUGAACCACUUCGCAGACAUGACUAAGGAGGAGUUCAGGCAGAUUAUGCAGGGCUACAAACCGAAAGCAGAGCUGAAGGUUGGGACCCUUUUCAAGAAGCCCAGCUUCCUGAACGUCCCUGAGUCUUUGGACUGGAGGACAGAAGGAUAUGUAACGCCCGUCAAGAACCAGGCCCGUUGUGCUUCCUGUUGGGCCUUCAGCGCCACUGGCUGUCUAGAGGGCCAGCUGUUCAGGGCGACUCGCAGACUGGUUUCGCUGAGCGAACAGAACCUGAUGGACUGUUCUAGAUAUCUGGGCAACAAGGGCUGUGACGGUGGUUUGGCUAAGAAGGCGUUUCAGUAUGUUCAUGAAAACGGUGGUCUGGACUCUGAGGAAUCGUACCCAUACCAGGCAAAGGACAACCUGCAAUGCUUCUACAAUGCGUCCUACAACGCCAUCAUCGUCGACGGCUACGCGUCCAUUCCCAGUGGCAGUGAGGAAGACCUGAUGGAGGCCGUGGCCACCAUGGGGCCCAUUUCUGUUGCUAUAGAUGCCAGUCAUGAUUCCUUCCAGUUUUACCAGUCAGGCGUCUACUAUGAAGAGAACUGCAGCUCUGAGGAGCUGAACCACGGCGUCCUCCUGGUGGGUUACAGCUAUUCUGAUCAGGAUUACUGGAUCGUGAAGAACAGCUGGAGUGAAAACUGGGGCAACAACGGCUACAUCCACAUGGCUAAAGACAGGAAUAACAACUGUGGCAUUGCAACAGAUGCCAGUUUUCCUGUUAUCCUCUAAGCAAUAUUUCCUUGUACUCCUGAGAGCCAAAGAACCAGA